GUUGACGACAGUCGACUUCUCCUCCUACCUCGUUAGAAUACUCUUGUCACCCGCAGUCUUUCUGCCAGUGCGCCCGCCAACCCUCCGCGGUUACGGCGACGUUCUGGUCCUGCGCUGAUAAGGGUUUCUGACAUACAAUUUCUGGGCACAUGAGUAGCAAGCUUUGGAGUUUCUUUCUCUACGAUGAUGUCGAGAGCUUCCAGCGUUUCUUGGCAACCGCCACUGGAACGACGGGCAAUGGAGGCGGCUUGAAGGCUGGAAGCCCCGGAUUAGGUCUGGCAUCAUCGCCAGGCGUCUCGACCAGAAGCAAAAAGCUGAGUGGGACAUCUCCCGGAGCAUCGAUUGCUGAGCGUGGUAUCGGCUCGGUACGGUCGGGUAAAACAAUAUCAAGGGAGGAAUUGAAUGUGAGGGACAACCACGGUCGCACGAUUCUGCACCAUGUGGCCUCGUCAAAAAAACCCACAGCGAUUGACUUUGCCGUCGCCUUGCUCCAGGUUCCUUUCCUGGACAUCUACGCGCAAGAUUGGGAAAGUGGCUGGACGGCCCUACAUCGAGCCCUCUAUGCCGGAAACGCCACAAUCGCGCAGGCGCUGAUGACUCGAGACAUGCGCGACGCCACGGACUUUAGCAAAGCGGGUAACUCGGGGCUUCCGGUUGGAAGCUUGAUCCGGAUUAAGGAUCGAGAAGGAUACAGUCCGUUUGAUGUAUACGCAGCUACAAUAGCGUCCCGAGACAUCAAACGGAGCUCCGAUUCGACAAACGCUGCCAGAUUAUCUGCAGGUGGCGAGCACAACGAUCUCGUGUCUGAAGGGUCAUCGGAUGACGAAGACCCCGACCACGAUAGCCGGUUCAGCAAGCGUCUUCUGAAGCCAACCACAAAUCUAUCUGGCGAUGAGGUUUUCACCUUCGGUAGCAACAAAAACCUGAACCUCGGUGUCGGAGAUCAGGAUGAUCGUCAGUUUCCGGAACGAAUUAUCCUGAAAAGGCCCGGCCAUCUUCUGAAACGACUUUAUCAUGAGUUUCAAGAACAGCGGUCCGAAUCCGGUAAGCUCUAUGUCCAGCAAGAGUCAGACAAUGUGGGCGCAACCGAACUGCCCGCGAUUGUGAAGAGCAAACCUAUAAAGAUCCAGGAUAUCAUUAUGUCUAAGCUUCAUACUGCUAUCAUUACUGCCGAUCCGGAAUCAAACCUCUUCUUGUGUGGCUUUGGCCCUGGUGGGCGUUUGGGCACUGGGGACGAAACCACUCGUUUCACUUUCGUCUGCAUCGAGGGCGGAGGCCUUGCCAACAAGAAGGUGGUUUCCGUGGCCCUGGGACAAGAUCACACGCUUGCAAUCACCGAGAAUGGAGAAAUCUAUAGCUGGGGAAGCAACAAGUAUGGCCAAUUGGGCUACAGCUUGCCGAGGUCGAACAAUCAGGACGAUGUGCCUAUGCAAAAACAACCACGGCAAAUUUUUAAUCCCUUCAAGAAGGAAGUGAUUCUUGGGGUGGCAGCAUCAGGCGUCCAUUCCGUCGUAUUCAGCAACUCUGGCCUUUAUACUUUCGGCAAGAAUGAAGGACAACUUGGGCUCAUUGACUCCGAUGCUCGAUCACUUGAGAUGCAGACAACCCCUCGACGGGUGGGAGCGUCGUUGUUUAGUGCACCCAUACAGAGUGUAUCUGCCAUUGAUCAGGCGACAUCUGUUCUUCUCCAGAACCACGAGGUUUGGGUGUUUUCCCAGUAUGGUUACUCCAAACUUUCAUUUCCGCUAGAUGUCAGCUCCAGAUUUAUAAAAGAUAGUUUCAUGGCCACGAGGUAUGGCUCCUCCGUCAACCAAGUGGUCAAAGUCAAAUCUGCCGGCAAUACUAUCUGCGCCUUGUCGAGUUUUGGAGAGGUGUACACCGUGCAAGUUAACAAGACAGACGCUUCGUCAAUGUCAACAUCGACCACAAAUCCUUCCAAACCUCGGAACUCCAUGUCAGUGCCGACCAGGAUCUGGUCUGUGAAGAAGGCACAUAUGGCAGCAAGGGAUUUUGAUGUUGGACAGGACGGGUCGGUCAUUAUCUGUACCGUCUCCGGUUCUGCUUGGAGCAAAGAGAAGCGCCGGAAGUCAAAAGAUUCAACGAAGGACUACAAAUUCGCCAGGAUACCCGGGUUGUCUAGAGUAGUCGGUGUUUGCAGCAAUGCUUAUGGGGCUUUUGCAGCUGUGCAGCGGGACUCUGAAGUCACUCAUGAACAGAUUAUAGUCUCUCAACCGACAUUAUGGGCGGAUUUCCUUCCCUUAUCUCCGUUCAGCUCAUUCAUAGAUACCAGGAGCUCAGAAGAUACAUUUGGAAGUGCUCAAAUAGUCUCAAAUCCGGCUUUGCUCAUCAAGAGGGCGAUCCUGGGAUCGUCAGAGAUUGAACCUUACUUUGAGACAUCGCGAACCCGUACACUUUCUGGAGUCGUUUGGAUUAAGACAACAUUGUCAGAUGUACGACUUCCUGUUCAUGAAUUUAUCUUGGCCGGGCGAAGUUCCAUUCUUCGUGAGAUUCUGUACAGCUUCAGGCAUACAGGUCGCGCUUCUCCGCUCGAUAUCUUGACCAUUGGACGAGACAGUGAAGGAGAUAUCCAACUUACAUUUCAAUCCUUGGAUAUUUUCACGAUUUUGAAUCUGGCGUUCUACAUGUAUACGGACGAGAUACUAGACGUCUGGCACCAGGCUAGGCAGUCAUCGGAAAAGUCCUCUCGAUACCGGCAGGUUCGAUCCGAAGUAAUGCGUGUUGCCACGCAUUUGAAUCUGCCAAGUCUGGAACGAGCUGCGAGACUUAUGAUUGAACCAACAAAGGCUCUGCGGCAUGACAUGGAGUAUGCCAUACAGGAUCCUGCUUUCUUCGACAGUGGAGAUGUCAUCAUUGACUUGAAAAGGGGAGAAGUCAAGGCUCACAGCCAUGUUCUGUGUCAGAGAUGCCCCUUCUUCAACGCCCUGUUCUUCGGUCGCUCAGAUGGAAGAUGGCUGUCUUCACGCCGUGCUCAUGCAGAUGCUAUCAUUCAUAUUGACCUCAAGCAUAUUGACCAACAUGUGUUUGAUUUUGUCCUUCGCUACCUAUAUGCGGACACCGAGGCCGAGCUCUUUGACAAUGUCAGGACGAAAGAGCUGGAUGAUUUUAUUGAUUUGAUAAUCGACGUUGCUUUUGUGGCAAAUGAGCUUAUGAUUGACAGACUGGCUCAAAUUUGCCAGCAAAUGCUUGGGAAAUUCGUGCAUACACGCAACGUCUGUUUCCUUCUCAACUCUAUGUCGCCCUGCUCGGUGAAGGAAUUCAGGGAUGCCGCUCUGGAAUACAUCUGUUUGAACCUUGAAGAUUUGCUAGCAAACAGGUUACUAGCGGACCUCGAUGAAUCCUUGCUUGACGCUCUUGAUACUGUUUGCCGUGAUAAUCAAUUGACCAGUUUACCUAUCUCGAGAGGACGCAACUCCGAGGAGUACAUGUUCGAGAGAUAUCCAGAGCUUGCAUCUGCCUUGGAAACUGAUAGGAGGAGAAAGAUCGACUACAUGAGGUUGAGACCACACCUCACUCGGAUCGACAGCUCCGAGGGUAAGCCUCGUGCAACAGUUAUCGAAAGGGCAGCUCUGUCUCCUUCAGUAUCAAAAGCCAAACCUAUUCCAGCCAAAGACGGAUCGUUAUCAGCUUCUCGCAGUCCACUGUUAAAAUCGAGACAAUCGACUGCCGAUUUGAUGUUCCAAAUGGACGACGAGUUUGCGCUGUCUCCAGCGGAUCUCGGAAAAGGCAAGGCAGCAGUUCGUGAUGUUACACAGAAUGCCACAGCCGAUACACCACUCUCUAUCGACUCUCCCGCUCUUCGAGCGAGCCCUUUCGAAGGAGGCUCUCUUGGGGAUCCCAGCUAUUUAGAUACCCAGAUGGCGUCACCGCUCGAUCCCACACUCACAGAAUCACCAUCCGAGUCCUGCGCCGCAGCACGUCAUAGGAAACAGGACCUGCUUUCCUCACCCCCAGACUCAAGCGCUCAAAUGCCAUGGAGCUCAUCUGCGAUAUCUACAUCGAAAAAGAAUCUCAAGGAUAUUAUGAGCGAGGCUUCAGGCAAUCGGGUUUCGAACCUCAGCCUGGGAAUGUCUGCUCGUCGGGAAAGUACCAGCAAUCCUGCACCCAAGAUGUCGCAGAAGGAACGCAAGAAGGUUCAGCAACAACAGAUGCAGGAGAUGCUCGUCGCUCAGCAGAAGGCAAAGGAAGCGCCUCAAAACCCGUGGAAAAUGCCAACCCCAAAUAAGCCUGCUCCUCCAGCCAGCGGGCUCGGCAGUCCAGCCCCAGAGUCCGCGAAAGCGUCGCCUAAACCGUCCAUGACCCUUCGGCAAACUGUCGCUGGAACACCACCGGCAGCGCGGACGAAACCUAGCCCUAUCCCCACGCAGACUCCAGGCCGCAAAGGACCGGUCAAUGUCCAGACACCCCCUCGACCUCAAGCCUCGACAUCUUUCAUAUCCACCCCGGCGUCGUCUAACCCUCUAGCCACUCCGCAACCUGCUAUCCAGUCUAUUCGCCACAUUCCACGUCCCGAGCCCUACCAGACCAGCUUCCAUUCCCCUUCCUCGAACUCGCUUUCACUGGCUACCAUUCUCAUGCAACAACAAACCGAAAAGGAUGAGAUCCGUGAAGCAGCGACUGCCAAACACAAUCUGGAGGACAUCCAACUGGAACAAGAAUUCCAGGCGUGGUGGGAUAAGGAGAGUCGACGAGUCCAAGGCCUGCCAGAGCCAGACACGAACUCUGCGUCCACUGACAAGGAAGAGAAAGGGAAUUCGCGGUCGAAUCGGGGCAGAGGCAAAGGCAAGAGUAAAGGUCAGGGGUCAGGCCAAACCCAAAGUCAAAGCCAACAACAGCCACAAGGACCACAGCAGCAGCUCCCGCAGCGGAAAAAGCGCGGAAAGGCCGCCGCUGGCCCGGUUGACGGGUCAAUCUCGCCUUCGGUACAAGAGCAACAACAGCCUCCCCGCAAUGGAUCCAGUGCUCCCCCCGCAUCACAAAAAGGCCAUCCUCAUUCAACCCCUCGACGGGACAGCACCCAACCCCGGACAAUCGCGAACGGAAAUCACGUUGACGGAGCAGGUGCGGCUGGAUCCAGCACUGGCGGGAAUCCACGACGUGGAGGUGCAGGUGGUGGUGGCGGUCGAGGCGGAGGUCAUUUCCGUGGACGCGGCAAACCUCGAAGAGAAAAGACGGCGGCUGCUUGAGGUCAGUCAUGCCGCUGCCUGCUUCCCCCUCUUCUCCUCCUCCUUCUCCUCCUGCCUGAUACUGGCUCGAUUCACCUCCACGAUGUUGAGGAUCAUCUCCUCGAUCACACAUACAUAACUCUACACAUACAAACAUAUCCAUCUCUAUCAUCUCCCCGGAUAUACAGCCUCAACCCAAUAUUCUCAUGAUCUCGACAUAGAAUUUCAUUCUUUUGUCUUUACCAUCCGCGAAGAAGAAUGGAUAUCUAUCCACCUGUACCGUUCCUUAGGGACUCAGUAACAAUAGAAGAG